AUGCUCCGGUCUCGCCAUAUCGCUCAGGCUGCGGCCAUGCCUCUCAGGGCGGCCCCGAUGCGGCCCCGGACCCCAUACCGCCUGCCUCCUAUAUCCCUCCGAACCGCCUCCACCUCCGCCCCCCGCGGUCCAAACAUCCUGCUCAAUGCAGGCCUGGCGGCCGGUGUCUGCGCCGCAGCGGCCGCAGCGUACUACUAUGAGACUUUAGCAUCACCUUCCGCAUCCUCAGAGCCCGCUGCUCUUGGCGGAGACACCUUCGAAAUCAAUCUUGGUAGCGGACGUCGUCGGCAGACACAUACUUUCACCAGGCUUUCGGAAGGUGCCUGCGAGGCGAAACUUACAGAGCAUGAGGCGAGCCAUGCUGUGGGACGAGCAGGAAACCCAGUCAUGCGGUGGGACCGGAACUGGGUGGGAUCGAAUGAGCCGUGCGAGGAUAGGAGCGCGGUGGAUCUCGUUCCUCGGGCGAGAAGCGCGAGGGAUAUGAGCUGGGGGUUAGGCGCCUGGUUUGGCAGCAGCCCAGAUCCUUCUGGUGAAGUGCCAGGCGAUAACCAGGGAGCCAGAGAGGGACAGAAGGACAUCGUCCUGUUCUCGAUCAUCGACGGGCAUGGCGGGUGGGCGACCAGCGAGCUGCUCAGUAAAGUCCUUCAUCCGACUUUGACAUUGAGUCUGGCUGCUCUCCAGGCGGGUGUGGUGCCUGGGAACGAGGGCUGGGUAUCGUCGAUGCUGGACAAGGUCAACCCGGCCAAGUGGUUCAGCGGGCCGGUAUGGACCCAGGAGAAUGUGACAAAAGCUAUCAGCACUGCAUACACUCAGCUAGAUGACAACAUCACCCAGACCCCAGUCCGCCUCAUCCCGACCCUCCGUACCUCCAAUCCCGAAGGUCAGCCCACACCUCGCCAGACCCUGGCUGCUCUGGCUCUACCGGCCGACAAUGGCGCCUGCUCCCUAUCCGCUGUGGUCGACGCAGAGGAGGGCGACCUGUACGUGGCUAUCGCCGGAGAUUGCCGAGCUGUCGCGGGGUGGGAGAAGGAGGGUGUAUGGCGAUGCGAUGUACUGAGUGAGGAUCAGAUGGGUGAGAAUGAGCGGGAGGUUCAGCGGAUGCGGAAAGAACAUUCAGGAGAAGAGGAUACGGUCAUCAUGCGCGGAAGGGUACAUGGGGGCCUUCAGCCAACAAGGGCAUUUGGGGAUGCUUCAUACAAGUGGACGCAGGGUCAGGCGGCGGUUAUUUGCGAUGCGAUGCAAGCUGAGGGAAUGAAGGCCCGUCGCCCUCGGCCUCUCAGCAAAACGCCACCAUACGUUACUGCUCGACCGGAAAUCACACAUCGAAAGAUCAAAGGCGAAAACGGAGAGAAGUUGCGCUUCAUGAUCAUGGCCACAGAUGGACUAUGGGACCGCAUAACAUCCGAAGAAUCCACCCUCCUCGUCGCCUCCUACCUCGCCCACCCCACCCACUCCGAAAUCCACAAAUCCACCCUCCCCACCAAAUUCCCCCUCACAGCUUCCCCUGAACCCCGGCCAUACCCCGCCGAACCCCUCCCCGGGAGCGCCGAGAAGUCGAACGGGACCUGGGUGUAUGAAGGCGAUAAGAACGCGGCGACACAUUUGAUCAGGAAUAGUCUGGGCGGAGGGGACCGGAAAGGCCGGAAUGAGCUGUUGAGCGUUACGGGGGAGACUACGAGGUGGCUGAGGGAUGAUAUUACCGUCACGUAA